AUGGUGGCGAAAUGGGCGGGCGUUGCCCUAGCCCUCGCCGUGGCGUGUGGCGUCUUUGGCAUGGCUGUGCAGGCCAAGGAAGAGGAGAAGCUCGGCACUGUGAUCGGCAUCGACCUGGGUACCACCUACUCCUGUGUGGGUGUUUACAAGAACGGUCGCGUUGAGAUCAUCGCCAACGACCAGGGAAACCGCAUCACACCGUCUUACGUGGCGUUCACCGACAGUGAGCGCCUCAUCGGCGACGCCGCCAAGAACCAGGCGACUGUGAACCCGAAGCGCACCAUCUAUGAUGUCAAGCGCCUCAUCGGCCGCAAGUUUGAGGACAAGGAGGUGCAGCGCGACAAGAAGCUGAUGUCCUAUGACAUUGUGGACAAGGCUGGCAAGCCCAUGGUGCAGGUCGACGUUGCGGGCGAGAAGAAGGUCUUCAGCCCCGAGGAGAUCAGCGCAAUGAUCCUGCAAAAGAUGAAGGACACUGCCGAGGCUUUCCUGGGCAAGUCCGUGAAGCACGCUGUCGUGACGGUGCCUGCGUACUUCAACGACGCGCAGCGCCAGGCCACCAAGGAUGCCGGCACCAUCUCCGGCCUCAACGUGGUGCGCAUCAUCAACGAGCCCACCGCGGCCGCCAUCGCAUACGGCCUGGACAAGAAGGGCGGGGAGAAGAACAUCCUGGUGUUUGACCUUGGCGGCGGCACCUUCGAUGUGUCCAUCCUGACCAUCGACAACGGCGUGUUUGAGGUCAUCGCGACUCACGGCGACACCCACCUGGGUGGCGAGGACUUUGACCAGCGCGUGAUGGAGUACUUCAUCAAGCUCAUCAAGAAGAAGUACAGCAAGGACAUCACCGGCGACGCACGCGCCCUCCAGAAGCUGCGCCGCGAGGCCGAGCGCGCGAAGCGCGCGCUGUCCAGCCAGCACCAGGUCCGCGUGGAGAUUGAGUCCCUGGCGGAGGGCGUGGACCUGUCGGAGCCGCUCACGCGCGCCCGCUUCGAGGAGCUCAACAACGACCUCUUCCGCAAGACCCUCGGGCCCGUCCGCAAGGCCAUGGAGGACGCCGGCCUGAAGAAGAGUGAGCUGGACGAGGUUGUGCUGGUGGGCGGCUCCACGCGCAUCCCCAAGGUGCAGGCCCUCCUCAAGGAUUACUUUGACGGCAAGGAGCCCAACAAGGGCAUCAACCCCGACGAGGCCGUGGCGUACGGCGCGGCGGUGCAGGGCGGCAUCCUUGGCGGCGAGGGCGGUGACGAGGUCAAGGACAUCCUGCUGCUCGACGUGGCUCCCCUGUCCCUGGGCAUUGAGACGCUUUAG